AUGUUGUCGAUUUCCACCACUUUUGCCCGCCGCGCUGCUCUAAGACAGCCUUUCAGAGCACCGGCCAACAUAAAGCCAGUCCGUCGCAUCUCAUCCAAGAUCGAGGAAGCCGGUCUUAACAACGCCCCAAAGAGAGACCCUGAGCUCUACAUCCUCUUGGGUAUCAUGGCCGGUGCUUUCGGUAUUGUUGGCUGGUACCUUGGCAGCUCUCCCACAACCAUCACUUCGGAGAGCAACAUUCGAAUUGGUGAAGCUGCUAUGCCCUGGGAGCAGGAGGAUGAGUCCAAGGCCAACUACAAAUACCAAUACCACCCCCAUGGCGACACAUCGAAGCCGCUCAAGAAAGCCCCCAGCGCUCUGAAUGAGGUUAUCAUUCCAAACGUGACAUUGCCAAAGGAUCUACACGACCGAUUCAAUAAGUAUGGCAAAGACGACUAUUGA